AUGGAGCGGCAAGGCCCUGCUGCCUCUAAUCGCAAGAAAACCGCAUCGAAGAGAUUCUGCUGCCGCUUCUGCGAUUACACGAGCAAUCUGAAAGCUCACGUUGUAAGACACGAGACUACCCAUACGGGGGAACGACCCUUCGAAUGUCACCUCUGUCCAGCGUCCUUCACGCAGAGGGCGCACGUGAUGGCCCACGUUCGCAGCCACACCGGCGAAAGACCGUAUGCGUGCGAAGUUUGUUCCAUGUCCUUCGCGCAGCAUGGUCACCUGGUGACACACCUGCGCACACAUACGGGCGAAAGGAAGUACAAGUGCAACGUUUGUCUGGCUUCCUUCAAUCGCAGCACUCACGUGACUCUGCACAUGAAGACGCACGCGAAACAGCGCUUCCGGUGCGAGCUGUGCUCCAGGUGCUGCAGGACUAAAGAUAACUUGGAGAAGCAUAAGCGAAUCCACGAACCGAAGUGA